AUGGGGUUGAGGCUUGUAAUGCGGAAUGUGCUAGUGCUCCUGGUGGUGUUGUGUUCAUGGGUUGGUUCUGCAAAAGCCUCUGUGUCUUAUGACUCUAAGGCUAUUGUCAUUAAUGGGCAGAGGAGGAUCCUCAUUUCUGGAUCUAUUCACUACCCAAGAAGCUCCCCUGAGAUGUGGCCAGAUCUUAUUCAGAAAGCCAAGGAAGGAGGUUUGGAUGUGAUUCAGACUUAUGUUUUCUGGAAUGGGCAUGAACCUUCACCUGGCAAAUACUAUUUUGAAGACAACUAUGAUCUGGUCAAGUAUAUCAAGCUGAUUCAGCAGGCAGGCUUGUAUGUUCAUCUCAGGAUUGGUCCUUAUGUUUGUGCUGAAUGGAACUUCGGGGGAUUUCCUGUAUGGCUCAAGUACAUUCCUGGUAUCCAAUUCAGAACAGAUAAUGGGCCUUUUAAGGCUCAAAUGCAAAGGUUCACAACAAAGAUUGUAAAUAUGAUGAAAGCAGAAAGGUUGUUUCAGUCUCAAGGUGGCCCAAUAAUUCUAUCCCAGAUUGAAAAUGAGUAUGGACCCAUGGAGUAUGAACUUGGUGCACCGGGCAAAGUCUACACUGAAUGGGCAGCUCAUAUGGCUUUGGGACUAGGCACUGGUGUCCCCUGGGUCAUGUGCAAACAAGAUGAUGCCCCUGAUCCUAUUAUUAACGCAUGCAAUGGGUUCUACUGUGACUACUUCUCUCCAAACAAGGCCUACAAACCAAAGAUGUGGACUGAAGCCUGGACUGGAUGGUAUACUGAGUUUGGAGGUGCAGUUCCUUCCCGACCAGCUGAGGAUUUGGCCUUUUCAGUUGCGAGGUUUAUACAGAAAGGUGGAUCAUUCAUUAAUUAUUAUAUGUACCACGGAGGAACAAAUUUUGGCCGAACAGCUGGUGGCCCUUUCAUUGCUACUAGUUAUGAUUACGAUGCUCCCCUUGAUGAAUAUGGAUUAUUAAGGCAACCUAAAUGGGGCCAUCUGAAAGAUCUGCAUAGAGCAAUAAAACUAUGUGAACCAGCUCUAGUUUCUGCAGACCCCACUGUUACACCACUUGGGACUUACGAAGAGGCUCAUGUAUUCAAAUCGAAGUCUGGAGCAUGUGCUGCAUUUCUUGCAAAUUACAAUCCAAGAUCAUUUGCAAAGGUGGCAUUUGGGAACAUGCAUUACAACCUGCCUCCAUGGUCUAUUAGCAUUCUUCCUGACUGCAAGAACACAGUUUAUAACACUGCAAGGGUUGGUGCUCAAAGUGCACAGAUGAAGAUGCCCCGUGUUCCUUUGCAUGGAGCAUUCUCUUGGCAGGCUUACAAUGACGAGACUGCUACUUAUGCUGACACUUCAUUUACCACAGCCGGGUUGUUGGAGCAGAUAAAUACCACUAGAGAUUCCUCUGAUUAUCUGUGGUACCUAACAGAUGUUAAGAUUGAUCCCAAUGAGGAAUUUUUGAGAAGCGGAAAGUAUCCGGUACUGACGAUCUUAUCAGCUGGUCAUGCUUUGCGUGUUUUCAUCAAUGGUCAACUUGCAGGAACUUCAUACGGAAGUUUAGAAUUUCCAAAACUUACAUUUAGUCAAGGUGUGAAUUUGAGAGCUGGUAUAAACCAGAUUGCGCUUCUAAGCAUUGCUGUUGGCCUCCCGAAUGUUGGUCCACAUUUUGAGACUUGGAAUGCUGGUGUUCUUGGCCCCGUCAUACUAAAUGGUCUUAAUGAGGGAAGGAGGGACUUGUCAUGGCAGAAAUGGUCUUAUAAGGUUGGGCUUAAAGGAGAAGCCUUGAGUCUUCAUUCACUCAGUGGGAGUUCCUCAGUUGAGUGGAUUCAGGGGUCUUUAGUCACAAGAAGGCAGCCUCUGACAUGGUACAAAACAACUUUCAAUGCACCAGCUGGAAAUUCACCAUUGGCUCUAGAUAUGGGCAGCAUGGGAAAAGGUCAAGUAUGGAUAAAUGGCAGGAGUAUUGGACGCUACUGGCCUGCUUAUAAAGCAUCCGGUAGUUGUGGUGCCUGUAACUAUGCUGGGACAUAUCAUGAGAAGAAAUGCUUAAGUAACUGUGGGGAGGCUUCCCAGAGAUGGUAUCAUGUUCCUCGCACAUGGCUAAAUCCAACAGGCAAUUUGUUGGUUGUCUUAGAAGAGUGGGGUGGAGAUCCAAAUGGGAUAUUUUUGGUCAGAAGGGAAAUAGAUAGCAUAUGUGCUGAUAUUUAUGAGUGGCAACCAAAUCUUAUGAGUUGGCAAAUGCAAGCCUCAGGCAAGGUCAAAAAACCUGUGAGGCCUAAAGCCCAUUUGUCAUGUGGCCCUGGGCAGAAAAUAUCAUCAAUAAAGUUUGCUAGCUUUGGAACGCCAGAAGGGGGUUGUGGAAGCUUCCGUGAGGGAAGCUGUCAUGCGCACAAUUCAUAUGAUGCUUUUCAAAGGAGUUGUAUUGGGCAGAACUCAUGCUCAGUAACUGUAGCACCUGAGAAUUUUGGAGGUGAUCCAUGUCCAAAUGUCAUGAAGAAACUCUCUGUGGAGGCCAUUUGCAGCUAG